UUGUUGAAUUGUCAUGGAAACGAAAGUAUACUUUUAACAUUGAUUAAACAUUAAGAUACAGCCUCUAAAUUAAAUUAAAUAUAUUAUACCUGCGAUACAUAUGAUUAUCGCGAUUGAGUCCUUGAAUGUGGAACCAUAGGUGAUGGGGGAAGCAAAGAAAACUCAAUUCUCUCGCUCGGCCUACGAAGUGCAAAAGGAUUUUGGCUUCAGCAGCGGGCUGCGUUCGGAAAUUAUUUGGGAUUCGCUAGCCGCGGAUCAGGCGGAUGUCCUUAAGCAGAAGAUAGAAAACUUGAUCCGCGACGAUGAUGCUCGCAAUGCUAGGGCCAUCCAACAAAAGCGGGAUCAACUUUUUCGGAAUAUUUGGCAACAACGUCGUUUUACUAAUGGCACUUUACUAUCUGCCAUCAUCUACGUGCUAGUCACGACGGAAACUGACCCGGAAUUAGCCUUGCAGUCCACCAACUACAGCUGUCAUCCGGUUUUCCGCACACGUCGCUGCAUGAAAGGCGAAAACAGUGCCGCCUGCUGCAUGAUAUUUGUAGAUGAAAAUGCACGAGUGUACUCCAACUGGGAACAAUACGUCUUCCGGAACACCCUGCCCAAAGGCUUGAUGAUUGCCCCCAGCCAAGGAGUCUACACAUUCACGGGAGACGAGGAGCCUGCCGUCCAGUUGAUGGUCCAUCCCACACCGUCAACGCGUGGCAGAUACAGAUUUCUUAAUGCCGGAGAUAAAGUGGCCACCGUUGGUGGUCUGGUUGCCAGUGUUCCGGUUGCAGCUGCUUUGACGGUGCCGCUUGGCGCUCCUCUAGUGAUUGCUGCCACCGCUGUCGGCGUUGCCACCGGUGUGUAUACCACCCUGCGCUCAGCUUCCCAACUCAUCGAUCGUCGACGGCAUGGACAGUCUACCAGCAUUACGGAUGGUGAAGCACGCAGCUCCUGGCUUGGCGUGGCGGGAGGCGUCGUGAGUUUGGGGGCCACUGGAGCCACCAAAGCUCUGGCCACGGCAGCGGGUGCUGGUUAUAGAGUGAACCCCGCUGCCCAGUUGGCCGUAAAGGGCAUAAAUGGUGCCUCGGUGGUCAUCGCCGGAACGGGAGUGGUUAAUGGCGUUUACGAUAUGUAUUUGAAAAUUGGUGAUGAUCAAGUCAUAAAUAGCUUAGAUAUGCUGCAGAUGGCCUCGCACCUGGUGACCUUUACUCAUUCCAUCAACAACAUGCGCAUAGUUUCCAAAGCCACCAACGGCUCUUCCUUAAGACAAGCUCUUCGCAAUCAAACCAGAAAAGUCUUUAAGCGAAUCUCCCAAGAGACUAUUAAGUUGCACAACGAAACUGGUCAGUUUGAUAUUAUUCGAACCCUCAACGAUAUACCCUUUAAGGAGGCAUUGCUCAACCUUCAUAGUAUCAACUCGCACCUGAGUAAGGGAGUCUCGUUGGCCACCACUUUGCUUCCUCAAAUUGUGAGUUUGGGUAGUGGCGGUCAAAUGCUCGUUAACCUGGAUAUAUUGGCCCAAAAGUUUGGCGCCAAAUUUGUUGAACACAUAGGGAAUGUAGCCAGUUUUACAGAUGUCUUAGAAGGCAUGGCUAGAUACUUUAGUGAUCAGGCAAUUCAAAUCCUUAUGCAGAUGACUCGCACUUUCGUCGAGGAAAAUGUGGAUUCCAUUGAUCGCACUCUGAAUACGUUCGUUUCCACGGAAGCAGUUCUCUUUCGCAUUCUGAUGCACAGCGUCAACACCUUUGACAACUUUGCAGAGGACUUUCUUCAGACCCGUCGCGAAGAAAUUCUGCUGAUGGUUUCCAAGUAUUUUCGAUCGCUGGAGCCGAUUAGCGAAAAUAAUUGCCGCAAGUACAAAUGCUCGGUUUGUAAAGGGGCUUACUAUAUAAGCUCCAUAUAGGCUGAAGUAGUUAUUAAGUACAGAUAUCAAUAUCAUUCUAGCUAAUAAUAGAUUUGUAACCUCUCAAAAACCAUUUUUGUAAGCUUUUUGUGAUAGCCAAAAAAGAAUUGUCAACCGGAUUGAUAUUUACGAUAGCAAUGAUCUUUUUAUGUUUGUAAGCCUAAGUAGUAUAUUUGCUUUAAGGCGCAAUGAUUGUUUGUCAUCCUUUCCUGAUGUGCUUUGAGAAUCUCUGGAUAAAGAUUAUGUGUGAUUGUACCAAUGAACCUUUAUAAAAACUAUUUUAUUUUUGAUCAAUAGAA